AAGAAACACGAUGCUAAUGACCUAUCGUCUAUCAGAGUAAAUGUUACUGCUGUAUGCUGAACGACCAGUAAAGAAUGCCAUUUGCAGUUUAAGCAGUUGACAAUCAAAACCGGUUCACAGAUGGUGUGUACUCUUCAGAUGGCUAGUCACCGUGCCAAGAGGAACGUAGGCUCGUCAGACCUGACCGUGGCCUAUAUUUUCUUAUGGAGACCUACUUCUUCUCGUUUAUUCCCAUAAAUAAGUUGUCGAGACUAUAGAUUGCCACUGAGGAACACCACGAGAGAAACUCCUCUUUGGGGGAAAAGCAAUCGUGUGGUUGACCUCAAGGAGAUUUUUGUUUGGUAUUAUUGUUUUUUGUUCGUUCUUUCUUAUUCUUUUUCUUGUUAAUUUCAUUUUUACAAACAAAUAUUGUGACUUUAAAUACUUUUACUAACUUGUUUUCUUCUUUGCGCAGGUGCUUUCCUCAUUCCUUAUAUGGUAUGUGCGCUUAUUGGUGGAAUGCCCAUGUUCUUCCUGGAGGUGGGCAUUGGGCAGUUCAUGAGCGAAGGAGGAAUAUCAGUAUGGAAGAUGUCGCCGCUUUUCCAAGGUAUCGGUUACGCUGCAAUCGUGGUAUGUAAUUGGCUCAACGUUUAUUAUAUCGUGAUCAUCUCCUGGGCGUUCUAUUACUUCAUCUACUCCUUCCAAGCUGAACUACCAUGGGCCUCGUGUGGAAACUGGUGGAACACUGACUGUUGCGUGUCUGCUGGCAACCACACAGUCAUCGAAGAGAUCAAGGCCCUGAACAAGACGCCAAGGGAUUCAGUAGUUGAGUUUUGGGACCGCCGCGUCCUCCAGAUCACCGACGGCGUGGACGACAUGGGUAGCAUGGUCUGGCCUCUCUUCGGCACGCUCCUCUUCGCCUGGGUCCUCACCUACUUCGCCAUCUGGAAGGGAGUGAAAGUUACGGGCAAGAUCAUGUAUUUUACAGCCACUUUCCCGUAUGUGAUGCUAACGGCACUUCUAGUUCGCGGAGCAACGCUGCCAGGUGCUUCUGAGGGUAUCCGAUUCUACCUCGAGCCUAAAUGGGAGAAAGUCCUCGAAUAUCAGGUGUGGAACGACGCGGGUACCCAGGUCUUCUACUCGUACGCGGUGGCUCUUGGUGGCAUGAUCGCUCUGGGGUCCUACAACAAGUUCAACAACAACUUCAUCAAGCAGUGCACCUUCCUCUGUCUGUGUAACUCUAUGACUUCGCUCUUUGCUGGAUUUGGCAUCUUCAGCGUUCUGGGCUUUAUGAGUUACCAGCUCGAGCUCCCCAUGGAAAAAGUAGCUGAGGCAGGACCUGGAUUGGCCUUCAUUGCUUACCCUAAAGCAAUGGCCUCCAUGCCAUUGGCUCCCCUCUGGUCUGCUCUUUUCUUCUGCAUGAUUCUCAUGGUCGGAUUGGACUCGCAGUUCGUGCAGGUCGAAUCUGUUGUGACUGCCAUUGUUGACUUAUUCCCCGACUACCUUCGUGUUGGCCGCCGUCGUGAAGCUCUUGUGUUCGGUGUUUGCAGCUUUGACUUCCUUCUUGGUUGCACUAUGGUUAUGCAGGGCGGCAUGUAUGUGUUCCAAAUCUUCGACACCUUCUCAGCCAGUGGUAUCAUCCUCCUGACCAUCUGUUUCUGUGAGAGCAUGGUCAUUGCCUGGGUUUAUGGCGCAAAGAGAUUCUACGACAACAUGGCAAUGAUGCUUGGCUAUACCGUCAAUCCCCUUCUUAUGAUCUGCUGGAAAUUCCUCACUCCAAUUCUCACUCUUGCCAUGGUCAUCUUUGCCAUCGUGUUCCAUACGCCUCUGACAUACAACAAGACUUACGUGUACCCUGCAUGGGCUCAAGGAUGUGGCUGGAUUCUCUGCUUCUGUUCUCUUAUCUGGAUCCCUGGUUACCUCGUCUACAAAUUCUUCCAGUAUCCAGGAACCUUCAGGGAGAAAUGGAUUGCGUCAACCCGCCCGAUUCUCAAGGCACACCACCUGAGGGCCGAAGACUGGGAGGACAAUCCUCACAUCGAGUACAAAAAGACAAUGACAAUGGAUCCCCUCACCGAGAACGCCUAAAUCCUCCCUCUUCCAAAGGAGUCAGCCGAAAGGGGUGAAGUUGGUAUUCCUGUGUCUGACGGCAGCAUCCUGUGGUAAAUCCAGAUUGUAUUUUGGGGUUAGGAUGAACGGUCAACGGGACACGUUUGUUGAUGGAAUGAAUGGGAGACUUCGCAACGAGGACUGAGAUUUUUUAACAUCAAGAAAGAAUGUGAACUGAAAAUGCCGUUGAUCCUUGAUUUUAGUCAAGAGCAGCCAUAUGAAUAAGGCGUUUCUGAAUGGCAGUUCAUGGCAGAUAGUUCUGUGCUGUUUAGACUUAUACGCAUACAAUAGAUGUUGUGUAAUGGAGACAGUGUGCUGCACUCCAAGACCCUUGUUUAUAUAACGACUUCGGCAUUCGAGGUACGUUUUUUGCUCACUGCAGUGUUAUGACAUAGUGUCUAAUACAUUACUAGAAGAGGAACAAGCAGGAAUCUAUAUAACAUAUACGUAAAUCGCAUCUUGUAGGUAAUGCAAAAUACCUGUUUAAAAAAAAAUCCUGCAAUCCUUAUUUUUUCUUGGUUUCGUAAUGUCAGAAUUAAGUUAGAUUUGGGUCUUGCUGAGAUAUUAUUCAACCUACAAGAAUGCUGUGUUC